CUCCAUGAAGAAGAAGAACACGUGACCCGCGCUAACUGAAAGGAAGAUGGCGGUGGUGGUGCGGAGCUUGCAGGACCAGCUCGAAAAAGCGAAGGAAAGCUUGAAAAAUGUGGAUGAUAAUAUUCGUAAAUUGACCGGACGGGAUCCCAAUGAGUCAAGACCGGGUCAGAUCCGUCGGCUCGGCGGCCCCAUGGCAGGCCUGGGAGGAGGUAGAGGCAGAGGAAUCAACCUGCUCAGGCGUAGUCUCUCAGACAUGGGAAGCGGCGGCCCUCCUGCCAAGCAGAGGGACAUCGAAGGAGCCCUGCUGAGGCUGGCGGGGGACCAGAGGGCCAGGAGAGACACGCGCCACGACAGCGACGCCGAAGAUGAUGACGAUGUCAAAAAGCCGGCGUUGCAGUCGUCUGUAGUGGCUACCUCCAAAGAGAGAACACGCCGAGAUCUUAUUCAGGAUCAAACCAUGGAUGAGAAGGGCAAACAGAGGAAUCGGCGCAUGUUUGGCCUGCUGAUGGGGACGCUGCAGAAAUUCAAGCAAGAAUCCAACGUCUCUUCAGAGAAGCAAAAGCGACGUUCAGAGAUUGAGCAGAAACUCGAGGUUCAGGCUGAGGCUGAGAGAAAGAAGGUGGAGAAUGAAAAACGAGAGCUGUUUGAAGAGAGGAGAGCCAAGCAGACCGAGCUGAGGCUGCUGGAACAGAAAGUGGAAUUAGCUCAGCUGCAAGAGGAGUGGACCAGCCACAAUAAUCGCCUGGUGAAAUACAUUCGCACAAAGACGAAACCUCACCUCUUCUACCUGCCUGGAAAAAUGUGCUCCGCGACACAGAAACUCCUCGAUGACUCCACCAAGAAACUAAAUGCUGUGUUUGAAGAGAGGCGUGAGGCUUUUGCUGAACACCUCAGCAAGAUGGAGUCGCGCCCCCGGCGACAGCUAAACCGCGACCAGGACGGAAACACAGCGGCAACAGGGACGGACCACCCGGUGGAGGGUAAGCCAGCAGGUCAGGUAGUCAAGGUGACAGGUAAUAAGGGUACUAUGGAAAUGGAGGAAGAUGAAGAGGAGGAUGAGGAGGAGGAAGAGGAAAGGGAAAAAGAGGAGGAUAGAAAGGUGACAGAGAGGGAUGAAGGAGAGCAGAGGGAGGGAGGGGAGAAGGAAGUGUUGAAAAAGGAAGAGGAGGAAGGAAUGGAGCUGAGUGAGGAGGGGAGUGAGAAGAAGGAAGGAGAGGAGCUGAAGGAGAAGGAAGAGAAGGAGGCCAGUCCAGGUUCAGAGGAGAUGGAGGUGGAUCAGGGGGCAGAGAAGGAGGACAGAGGUAAGGAGAAAGAAGUAGAAACAGACAGUAAGCAGGGGCCCACAGACCUCCAGAAUGAAAAGACCAAAGACAUCCAGUCCUCUGAACCAACCGUAAGCAGUCAGGAAACGGCAAACACGAGUCAUCAGCCCCAGCCCAGCUACCCUGCAGGGAAACCAGCAGAACAGCCCCCUGUGACCCAGGAGUCCUCUCCGGCCCCAGAACCCCAGACAGCCUCUGCCGGGCCUGAGCAGGAUUUUACCGUCUCUGGAUUUAAGGCUCAGGACUCUACAGUGGAGAACCAGAUUGUGGAAGAAAAAUCAGGGGAAGAAGCCCCAGAAAAACUGCCUGUUUCCCAGGAGGCCCCAGUGAUUACCCCCACCAAGGAGGAUGAGAAUGCCAGGAGAGGGAGGAAGAAGGAAAAGGAAUCGAGGAAAGGUCGCAGUCAUAGCAACAGCUCCUCGUCUUCCUCCUCCGGCUCCUCCUCCAGUGGAAGCUCUUCUUCUUCCUCCGGAUCCAGCCGCUCCUCGUCAUCCUCGUCAUCCUCGUCAUCCUCAUCGUCCAACAGCAGCAGCCGAAGUCGCAGCCGGGAGAGCGGCAAGCGCAAGAGGAGGCCGUCGGAUAAAGGCAGGGACAGGAAGAAAGGAGAGGAGAGGAGUCACCACAAGAGAGGAGGGAGCACCGGAGGAGGGAGGGACUCCAAGGGAUCGAAGGAGAGGAGGAAGAGGAGGAGUGAGGAAGGGAGGGGCAGGUCUUCCCGGAGUGAUAGGGAGCAUAAAGAUAGAGAUAGGAAGGACAAGAGACGCUGAUCAGGUUCUCUGAGCUUCUGUAAAAACACUGGGGGAAGAUGAACCUCCUGCUCAUUACUUUAUGACACGACAGGAGUUUUUAAAACUAGUUUUUCUUCCUAAAACAUCCAAGGUUUCACCUGGACCGGCUGGAAAUUUUAAUAUUGAAGGACGUUUCAGUGUCGACAUUAAGCAGAUGUCUGGUUCUGACUUUCCUCUUUUUCUUUUUGCUUGACAAACAAGUAGGCUGUUGGUCACAGGGGGACAUGAUAACAGGAGAAAUCCCUUAAACUGUCACUAACCGGACCCCUUACUGAACAGAUCAGAUAGGAGAGACGUCAUUCUUGUCCCAUUAUUUCAGAUUUGGAUUUUAAAAAGAUACUUGUAACGCUAUGAAGUGGUAUUGAAUGUUUUUCUAGUUUCCAUCCUAAUCAUAUUGCCAUAGACUGGGGUGAUGAUGGUUAUGGUAGAUGUUUAAGUUGUUGUGAUGAUGCUAUUAAUCCUUCUUUAUUUCACUGUUUGAUCCAUGUACAUUGUGAUUUGCUCAAAUAUUUGCUUUUGAAACUGUAUUUCUUUUUUGGUACCAACUGAAUCUGCUUCAAAUAAAGGUGGGGUAAUAGUAGAAACGUC